AUGUGGCCAACAUGGUCUUCUCCUGUCAGUAAAGAUAGUGCUUUAAUCAAUAUGGAAAGUGGGACAAAUACGACCUCAAAACGAGAUGCCAAUCCUGAAAAUUCAAGCGGUUUUUAUAAGAUGAGUAACCUUAAGGAAAAACGUGAACUUACUGAAAAUGAAUUGAAUGAACUUUCUAAACGAGAAGUUUCUGAAGAACACAAACUCUCUAAAAGAGCUUUAGAAUAUCGUG